AGAUGAUUUAGCAUUUUAUCCUCUUCGUUUUUUUUCUGCUUUAAUGCUUAAUCGUUCAUCAGUUUAGCGUUAUUUACGUCAACAAAUGAUUCGUGUGUGUAUUCGAAGCAUUAAAUCAUAAUUGUAGAACUCAGAUCGAUCAAUUUGGUGGCCUAAAGUGGCAUCAGGCGAACAGUAGCCAAUUACAGCACACAGCCAGCAGUCCAAAUGAAUAGCGCCGCUGUGGUUACUACUCACUACACAUACUUAUGCGCAUAUAUAGAAGUUGAACAGCGCUGAACAAUGGACCACUUAAAAAAACCGGAUCGAAAAAUUAAGUUUAAAUGUUAAUAAUUCAAUCAAAUUUGCACAAGUGCCCUUCAAAGAAAUUUUUGUGGAGGAGUUGAAAAUAUUAUAGAUAAAUAUAAUUUGUAAGCCCCAUUGUAGUUGCCAUAAAUUGUUAGCCAUUGAGCGAAUACAUACAUAUGUAUAUGUGGUGAAUGUACCAUAUCUACAAUUAGUAAUUUGGACAGUUGAUGCCUACUUAAGCUGUUACCAUUUUCAGCGCUUCUAUUGCCCAAGCCAGAUCCAGGUGAACUUACAGAAGUACCUGGAAUGUGGUUAUUGUUUUAUUCAUGUGUUUUGUUUUUAUAAAUUUAUAAUUACUUCACAUCUUUAUUUGUAUUGAAGUAUAUGAUUUGACUUGGCAACCACAAUCAUUUUUAGUUCGUUUUGACUGAUCUAGAAUACUAUAAAUAUUCUAAAUGCCUCGAUAGUGGCAUCAUUGAGUUUAGCAACUGCUGAGUGUUAAGUUCACAAAUUCGGAAAAAUAUAAUAAAAACAACUUUAUAAAUUGACAGGCUACACAGAAGAAUAACAAGAAAAUGAAACUCUUCGCAGUCGCACUGGCUGCGUGCUUUAUUGCAUAUGCCAUCGCCCAAUCAGCAUCAGCUGAUCCCUCAGCCGAGUAUUUGCCACCAGUCGGUGAUGAAUCGGCGCCACUUGCCGAUGAUGGGUACCGUUAUAAAGCAGUGCGUCGUCUGAAGUACCGUCAUCGUCGUGAAGUACCUUCAGAGGAAUAUCUACCGCCAGUAGCUGAACCAUCCUCCGAAUAUAUACCACCGGAGGGCGCUGACACUCGUGUAGCUGAAGAUGGUUAUAGAUACAAAACUGUGAGACGUUUCAAAGUACACCGUCAUCGUCGUGAAGCGCCUUCCGUUGAAUAUUUGCCACCAGUUGCCGAGCCCAGCGCUGAAUAUUUACCACCAGAGGGUGCUGAAACCCGCGUCGCUGACGAUGGUUACCGUUAUAAGACAGUACGUCGUUUGAGAUUCCGUGCUCGUCACCGUCGUGAUGUUUCUGAAUUGCCAUCUGCUGAAUACUUACCUCCUGUAGAAGUUGAGUUGGCUCCGGAGUUGAAGACCGUCUUAGGUGACGAUGGUUAUCGUUAUAAGACUGUGCGUCGUUUGAAGUACCGCCGUCAUCGUCGUGAAGCUGAGGCUGCUGAAGAAGUUGCCGCCGCCGAAAGCGUUGAUGCCCCCAAUGGUGAAUACUUGCCACCUAGUAAAGAUGUUGCUGAAGUACCAGAGGUGAAGAGUGCUGAAUUGGCUCAGGAUGGUUACCGUUAUAAAACAGUGCGUCGCUUGAAGUACCGCCAUCGUCAGUAGACUGUAUAAACCUAAUGAACCCGCAUGUUAAAUGAUAAGUGAGAAUUUAUGAUGUAAAAAUAUGAUAUAUUCGAGAUAUGGAACUUUAAAAUGAAAUAGUCCGACGUGUACUGAUUGCGCUUUACGAUUAGUUUGUUAUAUUAAGAAAUAAAAUGCAAGAAUAAUAAAAUUUAUGACUUAUCA